AUGGACUACAACUCAGCCGAUCUGACAUCUGUUCUGCGAACCCUCUCUGCGCUAUCCAACCAACAAUCCCCAGCUUCAUCUUCGGACAUUGUCCCGCCCACUGAUUCUCAGGCACAUCAUCCCGAUGACCCCGAAGAUAAUGAUCCAUACGAACCAUCAGAAACCCUCCCCUCGGUUCCCGUGACGCGCCAGCAGCAAGCGCAACAGCAGAAGGCUUUGCCCUCUCCAAAUCCCAGUUAUACCCACCCUCCGCGAGCCCAGACAACUCAUGAGGGCACAACGGGUGGUGAUUCUUCGUCCAUAACCACUUGGAAUGCCGCUCUCCGCCACGUCAUGCGCACAGUGUCCCAGCAUGAGAACCUCCAAAGCCGCAUCCGAUGGUUAAUCCGCCGCCAGCACGACCACGAAAAACAGUGGUGGCAGGGUCGGGAAGCUUUGGUGAAGAAGCAGCAAGCGCGAACGGAGAAGAAAAAGGAGCUCGAUGCUGUGCUACGCUCUGUCGGUGCGCCAGUUGACAAUAACAAAUCAAUUUCGACAGCCGAGGAAGAUCAAGCCGAGCUGACUAACUACGAUGCGAAGGUCUACAGAGCUUCGAGGCAGAUGGCCGAUGCCAUGAUUGCGGAGCUGCGUGGAUUAGGGAUUCCAUUCUUCAAUAUCCGAAAAGACCUGACACUCAUUACCAGGCAAGAUUUGUUGCAGUUGCAGCGGCGGAUUCUGGAGUUGUUAUUGGAUCUUUGUGGGGAGCAGUAA